CGAAACCAGCGCUGCGUAUUGUCCAUACCAGCCACAACACCAAACGUCAACUGGCUCUGGCUUCAACCUCACUCUGCUCUCCCACCGCAACUUCAAUUCAUAAUCUGCCUGUCUUAUUCUGAUCAUCGACACUCAGGAACUCGCAACAUCGCCACAGCUUUUACUCCAUGGCCGCCCUCCAUGGUGGCUGAGAGCUCUAGCGGGAGUUGCCCCCCAGUGCCGCCGCCGCCGCAAGCCAAACCAUCGCCUGUUUCGCUUAGUCCCUUCCCCGUUGCGGACAACCACCUUCGGAGCCACUCCCCCCAACCCAGCCGCUGUGCUCUCUUCUGCUCCCAUCUCCGCCUUCCAUCCCCCCUCCCUGCGCACUCCAUCAGAACCCCUUCUCUGCUCCCAAUAAGUCCGAAUCCGCCGUACUCUCUGAUCCAUCGGGAAUGCGUCGUCGCGCAUUCCCUCUUUUCUGCUGUUAGACCUGUGUGGUCAACACUGCCUUCCCCGCCUUUGCUAUCAACAUCGCGAAACCGACCGCAAUCCAUCUGAUUAGACGAUUCAAUCUCCCCCCGGCGAGCCUACCAUCACCAAAAAGGCUGCCAUGGCAAAUACCUCGUCCUUUCGGAAUCCCUCUAGGGUGCGGCCAUUACGCUAUCGCACUCCCUCGCCACCGCGACAUGCCAUCGAGUCGAUCUCACCUCGCGCUCCCGCCGAUUCCUCCUCUUCCUCCAUCCGCAACACCCACCCUAGCGAUGGCGUCCAACAACCCCGAAAUGAUCCUCCUUUUGUUGAGAAAGGGUCAUCAGUGAAGCCUGGGUGGAAUAAUAAUACCUUUCAAGAUGGGCGGGAAAGUCUUGAUCAUCGUUAUAGUCACCAUCCUCCCGGCGGUUCAUCCAGCAACCACGCAAAUACAAACCCCACCGGUAGAGUCGGCCACCAAAGGUCUGGUUCAAACAUCGAUACUCUUGCCACCAUCGCACUCGCGACAAGCCCAACCUUCGCGCCUCUUACAUAUGACGAACCCGCUACUGCUAUAUCCCCCACAACCCACCAAGCACCUACUCCCAAUCAGUCCGAACGACCAUCCAAGCGCGCUCGAUCGGAAAAGGCUCCAUCACCUACCUGGCUAAUGGGAGCUUCCAGGCCUGCCACUAGCCAUGUUUCUACCUUUGAUAGCAUGAAGACUGAUGCAGAACUGUUGCUUAACUUUGCGAGACCAAGUAAUUUCCCUCCACUCUAUGAUGCCUCGAGACCCCAGCAGCUGGCUGCACACGAGUCGACGAACGGCCAAAAUCCCGGUGUUAAAUGGGCCACGGACCCUGCUGAGCUGUGGACGAAACGAUGGGAUAUUACCGCGGAAAACAAGCCAUCCUCUGCUUUCUUUAGGAGCAACAAUAAUGGUACUCCAUCUCGCAUUCGAUCGAAGUCCGACGGUUCUGCGUUCACCGCAAGACCAUUCAUGAACGGCUUCGCGUCCGGCCACUUCCUAGCCCCAUCAAUUGGUCCGGCGCUCGAGGAUGACUCAGUUGAUCCACAUUACAUUGCAGAGGAGAACCAUGAUACUACUUUGCAAGCAAAUGGCCCAGAUACCCAACAAGCACCGCGUCCACUCCAACGUCCGAAAAGCAUACCUGCCUCCGAUUUUAAGGAGGAAGAUUCCGAUAACGACAGUUCCGGUCAAGCAACAUGCGCGGCCUGUCACCUGGAUCGAGUCGCGUCUGAUAGUGAGGGCGAUGAAGCUGUGACUUGGAUAAAUUGCGAUGGAUGUAUGAGGUGGUUCCAUAUCGUGUGUGCCGGAUUCAAAAGCGAUCGCGACACUAGAACAGUCGACAAGUUUAUCUGCCGUGGAUGCCGCCCUACGCAUGGACCAACUACUUUUGUACGCAAGUCCUCCCGCGCACGAACGGCCAUCGACUAUGCUAGUCUAAAUCAGGGGUAUGUAAUGCCGUCCGCUGAAACGCCUGAGCAUCAUUAUAUCCAGCCAAUCAAGGAAGGGAAGAUCACAUUUUUGCCCGAUCAUUUUGCUCGUAUACGUCCGGAACUCGUCACUGCGGAAUAUUUCGAGCGCGGUAUAGGAAUGACUGAGCCGAUAAUCAUUCCCGCAUCUCUCAACACGCGAUCCUCCGUUCCUGGUUCAGCCGAUUAUUAUCCACCCGAAGCCUCCACGCAAGAAGAAUUCGAUGAACUCGCGGAUAACAUGCCUGACGAUGACGCUGACUACAAUGAAGUUAUCGAUUGUGGCCAGGAUUUGUUGGACAUGGUCAUCCCACAAGGUCUCACUGUUCGACAUGUCGCUGAGCUUUAUGGACCCGAAGAACGCGUCGAAGUGAUUGAUGUCAAAUCACAGCAGGGGGAGGACAAGAGAUGGAACAUGCAACGGUGGGCAGAUUACUACUACGACGAUUCCACGUCAAAGGCCGUUCGCAACGUUAUUAGCCUCGAGGUGUCGAACAGUCCUCUUGGGAGACUCAUUCGACGACCCAAAAUUGUGCGUGACCUUGAUCUCCAAGACCACGUGUGGCCAGCGGAGUCGCAGGCUAUAGGGGAAUUUCCAAAAGUCCAAUUCUACGUCUUAAUGUCCGUUGCGGAUUGCUACACUGACUUCCAUGUCGAUUUCGGGGGCUCCUCUGUCUACUACCAUAUUCUGAAGGGAAAGAAAAGUUUCUUUUUCAUUCCGCCCAAGGAUAAACACCUAAAAAAAUACGAAGAAUGGUGUAAUUCAGCUGCACAGGAUACUACCUUUCUCGGAAACCAAACCAAAGAAUGCUAUCGAGUUGACCUUUCCGCUGGUGACACCAUGCUCAUUCCAUCUGGUUGGAUCCAUGCUGUCUGGACACCGGAAGAUAGCCUUGUCAUUGGCGGAAACUUCCUCACGAAGAUGAACUAUGGAAUGCAAAUCAAGAUUGCGAAAAUUGAGAAGGACACAAAGGUUCCUAAGAAAUUCCGUUAUCCGUACUUCCAGAAAAUCAUGUGGUAUGCUGCCAUCAAAUACUUGGAGGAUGAUCCAAUUCCACAGACAGUUCUGGAGUCAUUCUCCCGUGACGAGAACUACCGCUUCUAUCGCGAGUAUCCAAUUUACUACGAAUCCGGAGAGAAUGACAACCGCGCUGAACCUGGUUCGCAGAAUUACAAUGCACGCUUCUACUCACAAGCCGAGCUGGAUGGGUUGCCCGAACUAGCAAAAUAUCUCCUGAGGACUGCUUUGAUUGCUGGUGGGUACCAUGUUGAUGGCGUCACGACAGAAACCAGGAAUGCCGUGAAGAGAUCUAUCCCUAAGGGACAAGCAGAUCCUGUUGACACCAUAAUAAAGUUUGGAGUGUGGGUAGCAUGGAAGAGAGGGAAUGAGCAUGCCGCGAGCUGGACACGUCCUGGUGCCAUUUCUCUUGAUACCAAGGUUGAUAUGUCGGGCAGGAAGCCGACUGUUAGACCCAGUCGACGUUCACAGCGGAAUAUCGCCGCAGAGAGCCUACAGCUUAAUAACAACCUGGAAUUGAGAGCUGGUCGCCGCCCCUCCUAUCAAUCAUCCGAAAUCAAUACGAGCGGUAUGUCUAGUACAGGCUUUACUUCUACCUCUGCGCCGUCGACAAGCGGAACACCAGCGCCUCCGAAACGAGAGGCCUCUCUUGUUGAUGUGGAUGAAAUUAUCCAAUCAAAUAAACCACGUUCGAUAUCGAAACCGACCGGCCUGGGUCCAAAACGCGUUGCCUGUGAUGCUUGUCGGAAACGGCGGAUCCGUUGUCGGCAUAAGGAUGAGCAAAGCUUAGAAUCUUUUACAUCCUUGACGGCCAAGCAACAGCCACUCAAUGGCAAGGACAUGGCAGCUGCUGGGGCCUUGAACCUUGCUUCUGCUGCACAUGUUGAUCGGAUUAAAGAGCAGCAUUCUGGGAAAUGGGAUGAGAUGCUCCCCAACGCCAUGGAUGAUUCUUCAGCACUCCUAAUGACUCCUCAGGCCAACUCCGCCAAGGCCAAAGGGUUUAGCCCGAAUUCCUCCAAUUCUGGAAAGAAGGGCCGUAGCAAGGCUUGUGAUGAAUGCCGGAAGAGCAAACGUCGUUGUAUUCAUGAUGAGAAUGGCCGGAUAGAUCCCAUCAAAGCGCAGGAACGAUCGAAACCCCGAGCGGCAACCUCCACCAAGCGUCCUCGAUCUAGCGACGACAAUAUAUCGCCCACGUCGAACAAGCGGCAAAAGCCGGAAUUUGAGUAUUCGGGAGAGGAACUUCCUCAGACCAAAUUGGACUUUGAGGCGGUGCAAUUGCAGGGUCGUAUGAAUGGGCCAAAUGAGAAGCUAGGCUCUGGUGAUAAGGUUGGGGCUACAGCGCACAGUGAGCUUACCCAGAGCCAAACUUCAUAUGCAUCACCACCCACAUUGAAAGCGGAUCUCGUACCACCAUCAGAAGUUACCUCCUCCUUGCCGGCCACCACAGCCCCAGCAAGCAGCCUUGUCUCUCCCCCUACCUCUCUCGCAGACGAUAUGGAAGUCGAUCCUAACCAGACCGACGGCGAAACGAAGGCGGCCGUAAAGAACGAGCAGCAACAGCAGCAACAACAAUAUGGGGAACUCUCUGUCGUUGACGACGCUACUGCCACCCUAUCCCGAAACUCUUCCAGUCACCCUCGCCUAGUUCCUGAGGCCACAGUUCUUGCUGGGGAACACAAGACGACGGCGACGGCAGCACGCGCUCCACCCGCGACCGUAACCGCACCUUCAGACUUGUCAGUAACAAUCCCAUCUUCAUCUACCUCUACCUCCAUUAUAAAAAAGCCAUCAUCAUAUUCUCUUUCCUCUUCCUCAUCCCGUCCAUCCUCUUCGCAUCACCGCACAAACGCCCUCCCGCUUCCUUCUUCUUCCUCAACCUCUUCUUUCAAGCAGGAAAGGGAGACCAAGCAGCACAAUCCCGUUGUUGACAAGAAGCGCGUUGAAGGAAGCCAUCCCUCUCCUCAUCCCAACCGCCACAGCAAUAGCCGCACCUCACCGACCUCUCCGCAUCAGCGCAACAAACUGACGAGUCGUGACACGACUCGCGGCAGCUUUUCGGAUGCGGAUGCAGAUCCAGAGACGUUGCGGCUGAUCAGGGAGAUGCAGGAGCAGGAUUUUGGAUUGAGGAAGAGGCCUUCGAGGACGUGACCGAAUCGAUGAAUUACGUACAUCCAUGUUGGUUCUCUCGGUACUCGGCUCGAACUAGCUACAUACAAUAGGUCCCCAACCGACUUUACUUUUCCUUCUUUCCGUACAGCGAGUUUUCUUUUUUUUAACAUGCAUUGCGUUCCCUAUAUUCAUCCGGGAUAAUUUUCUACUUCUUAAAUUCCAUUUAUUCAAUCCCGGCAUGGCCAUAUAUCGGAUAGGUCAUUCGUGUCGGGAUCCCGAUAUUGAAUUCUUCGAUUUACCUGCUCAACGGAGGCGGAAACCAUUCUCUCCGGGUCAUCUUCUGUUCGCCUUCACCCACUCAAUCUUCAUCUGUGGUUAAAACCAGGCCGGCUAGUGCACAUCACCACUCUCCGUUUCCAUACUGUUAUCGCAUGGUGUUACUUUCACAUACUCCUAUUUCCCCAUCCUGAACAUCCAUUAUCAACUCCCUGUUCCAAUUUUUUUUUUUUUCUUAUUUCCCUUUUCCCCACUUAUCCCUCGUCUAUAUCACCUUUUCCUUUGUUUUUCUGUGUUGCUCACGAACUCCUUUUUGUUCUUGUAGUACUCAGGCUUGGUGAGGGAACACGUAUGGCUGGCGUUUUCUUUUCUUUUCUUUUUUCUUUUCUUUUUUCUUUUCUUUUAUUCUUUUUUUUUCUUGUUACUUCUCAUCCAGCUUUACCUCCUAAUACCUUCCGCAUCUACUUCUCUUUACUUCUCCUGAUCCUGCCUGCUCCAUAAUAUUUCUUACUCCUUCUCUCCGUCGCCCUCAGAAUUCUUUCUUUUCUUUUUUUCUUUUUCUUUUUUUUUUUCCACCAUUUUUCUUCCUAUAGGUAUUUCGCUUGUUUGUUUUCCUUUUUUUUUUAUCAUAUCUUAUCCAGGGCUCGGGGGCGCGCGGACAGACAUGGAGUUUUACUGAGUUCAAGCUUCUUUUCUAAGCUGAAGUGGCUGUUUUCUGUUUUUCUUCCCCUUUUUUGUAUGGGUGGAUUAUGAAAGUAAUUAAUUGGCGGAAACUGGGAGUUUUAUUUUUUUUUUAUUUCCAUGCUCAUUUUUUUUCAAAUAUAUCUCUCUUGAUUUUCUCUGCUUUGCUUUUUAAACCCCCCCCCCCCUUUUUUUUUUUCCCCUUUUACUCAUAUUCUCUAAACUACCAGUCUUCUGAUCUCCUUCUAAGUAUCUAAGUACAGUAACAUCUCCUAGCUAAUAGGUUAACAUGUCUUGAUUUUCUUUUAUUAGUCCCCUUCGCUCCUUUUUCACUUUUCGAAACCUCUUACUACUCUUGCUUGCCCAAUUCUAAGAACCUCCGCACUCCGUUCCCCUUCCCUUUCUUACCCCAAAGGACGAUGAUACCUAGGGGGUGGUAACGGGUGGUGAGUAUGAUAAAUGACCCUUCUUUUCCAUUCAUUCUCUUUUGUCUUCUACUUCUGUAUGUUUCAUUCAUCUUAUCUAGGUUUCUAGUCAACUGUACCUAUAUGUACAGCGAGUGUUCAUUUUCAUUUCCACUUUUGCUCUUCUUUUGUCAACAUUUUCAUGUAUAUACACACAUUACAUACAAAUCAUAUUACUAGCAUACAGAGAACCAGACGGACAAACGGACAAACGGACAAACAGACAAACAAGACAAAGGCACCUAUGACAACUCCAUUUUCCAUUACGCUCUUUAACGGCGAUUCUUUUUGCAAGUCUCGUUUCAUGCCUAACAUCUGUUGUUAUCAAGCAAGGACUAGAAGUUACAAGAAUCAGCAAGGUGCGGAUAGUUACGUAGAUUGCCAACAGGUUGAACGAAGUAGGUAAAACAAAUAAUAUAACUAAGCAACAAGAUAAAAUAUAUACAGGUGUUUUCAACAAUCCCGCAAUAACUAAUCAAUGUCAGAGCGAAAAACAGCCAGCCGACCAUCUCUAUACCAUCCGGUUCCCCCAUCCCAAUCCAUCCCACCUCUAACCCACAAUAUCUUCUAUAUGCGUGUAUGUACGUAUAUAUGUAAUGAAUGUAUGUGUUGGUGUACAGUACAAUCCUGAGAAAGGGUUGCCAGUACUAGCACGGUCGUCUCAAAGGGUAUAAUAAGAACUAAAAAAAACGGCGGGAAGGAAGAAAACAAGAAAUGGAUCUUCCCAAAAACUCCCCUCGACCCCAAUUCCUCUAGGUAAAUUGCAAGCAAAAAAAAAAAAUAAAUAAAUAAAAGAAAAACAUAAAAGAAAAAAGAAAAAAGAAAACAACCAAACUCAAAAAAAAUGUCAUAGAACCCCAUUCAAGAGUCCCACGUUUUUACAAACACCGAAACCGGACCCUCUUGUCUAUCAUGUUAACACCGUUCCUAGAAAAAGAAAGAAAGAAAGAGCAAAAGGAAAAGAAAAGGAGCUAAAAUUCACAACACCGCCGUCCCAUUCUUGCCAACAAAGCUUUUCCAGAUCCUCGUCACUUAUCUCCAAUCCAAUUCCUAAUGACACAUGGAUCCGUCGCAGCACCCCCGCAGAUCUUCCGGCGGCCGAGAUUCUUAAACCUGGGGCCCAAUGGUCCGUUCACAUAGUGGUAUUGUCCGGCAAAUCUAUACUGUCUCGGAUCACCCAGGGGGUAAAACUUGUCGCCCCAGUGGCCGGCAAAGUAGAACCAUUCUGUUGGCGCGUGGGGGGUAACGUUCGCGGCGCGUAAAACGUCGUUAUUAUGGUCGUAGGUGUACGCAUGGUAGUUACGGGCAGGAUCCCAAAGGGGGCCACGGUCAGUUUGAUCACGCAGCAAACCCAAUGGGAGGAUGUAAGCGUGGCUGCCUGGCGUGGGGUACAUGGCGUGUGUCCCAGUAGCUGAAUAUAUAACAGGCUAAGAUGAGAGUUCAGUCAGGAUUGCUCACAGAGGUAAUGUGUAGUACAUAUAUCAGGUUUAGAAGAAGAGCUUACCCUUUUUCCGAUUUUCUCUAGCGCGUCAUAGCUAUAGGCAUCCCCAAACGAAUGUUCGCUGAAAAAUACAGCCUUGGGCUUCCCGUGGUGGAAUCGAACAAGCGAAUGUUCCCAGUCGCCAACGUGAUUGCCGAAACGGACGUUAAGAACUAUGUUGCCGAGAUUAAAGCUGUAGAAGUAGAACCAGAAUGCAUCCACAAUACCGUUGCCUUUAUCCACGACGAUUAAAACUGCUGGGGCUUUGCUACGGCCGGGAAUGUUGUUCUUUUCAUCGCGUAUACCUCUCGUAUCCGGCCAGGGGGCUAGUUUAUCAUCCACAAUAUCGUACUUUUCAGCUGCCUCCGCGGGAAUCGGUGAUGAAUGUGAAUCAGGGUCCGCUUCGUUCCCUCUUUCCUUUGGAGGACUGCUUCCAACAUCAUGCCAAUCCUCCAUGUCGCUGACCGCAAUAGCUUCCUGUACGUCGUGAAUUCCACUGUGCCACUCCAAUUUGUCCUCGGUAGCGUCAGGCUUCGGAAUGUUUUUCUUUGCCUCUAACCAAGGUGGUCGAUCCUCCACAUUGUCAUUGCUGGUCAAGAAAACAUAGCUUCCGUUCUGCCACAUGUUCAGCUCAUUGAGGUCAGCAAGGGUGGGAUGCUCAGCUUGAGCUUGGAUGGGGGUAUAGUUCAAUUGUGGUGUAAUAUGGUAAAGAUGCUCCGCAAUAUCACCAGGCCAAAACUGUUCGCCGGAGAAAAGGUGGACCAGGGGGGCAUAUUCCAGAACGUAGUUGGGAAUCACGCGCAAUCGGCGUUCAUCGUUGGCCCAAUCUUCAGGGCGAGUUUUGUUGCCGCUCGUCCAAUAAGAUUCCCACUCUUCCUGCUCACCGGCAUGUGCGGUUGGUAUUUGGCCAUGCUGCACAGACUUGCGAUGUCCAAAACGACCGUUUACUCCUCGAAAGUGAGCAACUCCGCAAAGACCAAGCCAGCGACAUGCUUUACGAUCCAACGAGGAAUUUGAGGUCGCGACCCAGCGGCUUUCCUCCCUAUCCUCGUCAUACCAAAUGAAAGCGGAAGGGUUAAGAGCCCUAGCCAAGCUGUUUAUCGAUACAUAGGCAAUUAAGGAUGAGAGAAUGGUGAUCGCAGCACGGGUUUUUGUCCUCAUUUGCUGGCAGAUAGAAAGAUCUGAUUGUCUCCAGGGGUUGUUGGCAAGCUGGGGGGUUAAUGUAGAUUCAGUUGUUGGAAGAUUACUGUGCGCAACAUUUGGUGGAUGUCUAUCGUUCGCACCUGAUUCGGAUAUGAGGAUUUCGGGCACCGAAGUAAUUUCAGACACAGACUGAUCGGGGACAACAAUUGUCUGGUUUCCGUCUUCUUCUUCUUCUUCUCCGUCGUCGUUGUAUAAAGGAGAAUCUCGUGGCUCAUCUGGGAUACUGAUAUGUGAUGUCAAGGUGAUUACGGGAUGGCGAUACGCGGGUUGUAUAGACGGCGUCGGGGGAAGGAGCGGCAGCUGGACGCCAUGGUCAAGCACAGGCCGCAGAGCCACUAUGUAAUACAGUAAGUAAGCGCAUGCCACAGUGGAGCUUGAUUACAAAAGGAAAAAUGUAAGACAAGUUCCCUUCGCCGUAGGUUGGGAAGACAGCAUUUGGUGUCCGGCUAUCGGCUCCACCGCCUAAGCCCGGAUCGGCAAAGAGAUUGUAUUGGAAAAAUAUAUUGACAGUGGAGAACGAGAAACGUAAAGGCUCAACAAAAUCAACAGCUGUUUAUCCCGGGCAGACCGCAUGUUGGCAAAGGUGUCAUGUCCAGUCAGAGCAUCUGGGACCGGGAGGGGGCAGAAACCCAAAGUUCAGACCAUCACCAAAUAGCAAAGGCAAGAUAUUUAGAUAUUUAACAGCGCUAAUACGGCUCCGAGAUAUGCCCUAGCAGAACCCGUCUGAACGGAUGUAAAGAGAACAGGCACAAUUGGAUGCGAGCAACAGCAGCAGCUUGCUGAGGCAUUUGAGCUUGCAGGGUCCGGGCAGAGCCGCAAGCCCGAAGUUUAGAAAUCAACGCAGAACAGGUUCAUAAUCAGAGAAUUCGGUGACCAAUGGGAAGAAUGUGGGGGGGGUCACUAUGUAGCAGUAUGAAAGAGCAACCUACUUCUGGUCAAAUAUAUCUCGCAAAGGUUCGGUUGAGAGGGAGCGGACGGCGGAAUGGUUAGCAGCAGCUGUGGUGGUCUUCGUACAGUUUCCAACGGCAAUGCAAAGAAAGAGGAUUCUCAGUUAAGCUCACCCGCCUCUGCAGUAAAAGAUUGAAAGUUAUUAGUGCGGACGGAUAUAUUCGCCGGGAGUCAUAGGAGGGUAUGUAUACCUUAGGGCUGGUAGUGAAGUACAUGUACAUGAACCUUAAGGAACAACGGUAAGACGGAAGAAUGGAUAUAGAGAGUCCAAGAGGAUGAGGUUAUUGAUUCCAGAAAGAAUAUCAGCCAUGAGAUUUAGUGUGACAGUGAAGGGCGCUUGAUCACGUUGCAGAUGUUCUUGUUGUUGGACCUUGGUUGUUAAGACGUUUGUUGUGUGUGAGUGAGUAAGAGAGAUAGAGGGAGGGAGAGAAGAGAAGAGAGAGUUGUGUGUGUAUGUUGUGGGUGGGUGAGUGAUGAGUGAUACCAGAAGUUGGACGGAUGGAUGGAUGGAUGGAUGGAUGGAUGGAAGAUGUUGGAGAUGAAUAAAUAACUAACCAUUAACCAACUAAAUAAUGCAGGUUUGUUUCAGCCGCCGCAGCUGGGAUCUUCGAUCUUCGAUCUGAAGAGCUCAGAGCGGUUGCUACAAAACAAGGGCUUCCAAUUCUAUUAUUCGAGCUGUUUAAAACUAGAAUUCUUAUAAUGGUAUUUAACUAUCAAAGAGCUAGCAGCUAAUUGAAUUGGUCUUCAUUUUCGGAUUUCGGAGGAAGUUCCAUCCAUGGCUACAAAUGAUAUCUUUAUAUAGUUAUAGAGCAGCACUACUAAUUCAAUCCCCCCCGGAUAUAUCCAAAUAUGAAUAUUCUUCUUCCAUUUGACCAAGUUAUUGACUUCUUUUCUUCCUUUUUCUUAAUUUUCCU